AUGACGGUCUCGCCAAAUGAAGACAUCUUCCCCUCGAAGAUGGGUCCCGCGUACGUGGGCUUCGAUCACAUUCACUGGUUCGUCGGAAACCCCAAACAAUCAGCGUCAUAUUGGAUUACUCGCAUGGGCUUCCGGCCCAUUGCCUACCGAGGCCCGGAGACUGGCUCGCCGUUCCUCGUUAGCUAUGUCGUAGCUAACGGUGACGCUACAUUCAUACUGACAGGGCCUGUCUGCGGUCCGCCAAAAGAUGGCGCGGAAAGCCUCCUAGCACGGGCUUCCCAUCACGAGCGCACUACGCUGGCCGAGAUUCACGAACAUUUGACCGUCCACGGAGACGGGGUCAAGGACGUUGCUUUUCGGAUUGUGGGCGAUAUCGAUGCUGUGUGGAAACGAGCUGUCGAGAACGGUGCCCGCGCUGUCGCCGAACCGAGGGCUGUUGCUGUCGACGGGCAUGGGAUGCUUGUAUCGGCGACGAUUGGGACUUAUGGGGACACUGUACACUCAUUAAUCAAUCGGGAGCGCUAUUCAGAAGAUGCGCCCUUCCUACCAGGAUAUCGAGCGAUCACCGCCGAGGAUCCUAUCACAAAGCUUCUACCGGAAGUGGACUUCCUUGAGAUCGAUCAUUGUGUCGGGAACCAGUCAUGGGGAGGAGUGGACAGCAUUGUUCAAUAUUACGAAGAGUGUUUAGACUUCCAUCGUUACUGGACAGUCGACGAUAAAGACAUGUGCAGCGAAUACUCAGCAAUGCGAUCUAUUGUCAUCGCGUCGCCAAAUGAAACCAUUAAAAUGCCUAUGAACGAGCCUGCAACCGGCAAAAAACAAUCACAAAUUGAAGAGUUUGUAAAUUACUACCACGGUGCCGGGGUGCAGCAUAUUGCCUUCCGGACAAAUGACAUUGUUACAGCUGUAUCUCAGCUCCAAGCUCGAGGUGUCCAAUUUCUGAAUGUUCCUGCUGCGUACUACGCCGACCUACGCAAGCGAUUAACACGGGUCUCUUGGACACUCGGCGCCGAUGUAGACGUGCUCGAGCGUCUCAAUAUCCUCGUCGACUUCGAUGAUCGUGGAUAUUUGCUGCAGAUCUUCUCUAAACACGUUGGAGAUCGUCCAACGGUGUUUACAGAAGUCAUUCAGCGUAAUUCAUUCGACGGGUUUGGAGCCGGGAACUUUAAGAGCUUAUUUGAGGCAUUCGAGAGGGAACAGGCGCUACGUGGAAAUUCCUGA